UAUGACCUUUUCCGCCUCUUUCCGAUACAACUAAAUUACUUUCGUUCUUCCUUUUCUUCUCUUUUUUAUUUUACAUCUAUUGAAUAUGAUUCACGCGUUUAUUCUGACGUGUUUUUGUCUUCUGGUGGGUGUGUUUGGUGAUGAAGUUAAGUCUCAGACAUUGUCAGUGAUGGAGGGUGAAUCUGUUACUCUGCAUACAAAUAUAACUAAACUAAAGGGAACUGAUUAUCUCGAGUGGUGGUUUGAAGAAACCUCCAUCGCCAAAUUCAAGAGUUCAGAUACCAAUAAUAUACAUAAUGAUAAUGAUAAGAGAUUCAGAGACAGACUGGAGAUAAACAAUCAGACUGCAGAUCUCACCAUCAUAAACAUAAGAUCUGAACACACUGGAAAUUAUGAAUUUAUUAUAAAUGCAGAAACAAGAGUCAAGAAAUUCAGACUUACAGCUUAUGCUCCUUUGCCGGUUCCUGUCAUCACCAGCGACAAAUCACACUGCGCAAUCUCAAAAUGUUCAUUAUUGUGUUCAGUGUUGAAUGUGAGAGAUGUGACUCUUUCCUGGUAUAAAGGAAACAGUUUAUUGUCCAACAUCAGUGUGUCUGAUCUCUACAUCAGACUCUUUCUGCCUCUGGAGGUGGAUUAUCAGGAUAACAACACAUACAGCUGUGUGGUGAACAAUACCAUCACAAACCAAACUCAGCAUUACUGCCUUUCUGAUCUCUGUCAACCGUGUUCAGAUGUCGUCCCUUCUUGUGAUUAUGCUGUUAUACUGCUGAAGAUCCAGUUGGCUGUCAGUACUUUGCUGGUUGUCGGCGUCGUGACUAUUCUGGUUUGUGACAUCAAAUCCACCAAAUCCAAACAGAAGAGAGAAUCACAAACGGCAAAAUCUGAUGAAUGAGAUUUCAAAACAACAAUCAACUUUAUUAGCUUCUUUCUCUAUUUUCUCAGAGUUUUAGUUUUUGGAGUUGCCAGGUCAGUGACUCUUAUCCAUCACCAUUAUGACCAUCAUUCUUACAGACUGAUCACCUGUUUGCUGUUUCUUAUUAUCACAUCAUCAAGCACUCAAUUUAAUCAUUACUAUGUUAUCGUUUCUUUGUGCAUUACGCUGUUUUACCCAGAAUCAUCCUAAUCCUCCUGUCAUCAACAGCUACUUUGUUGUUUUAACUUUUGUUGUAUUUUUGUGUUUAUACAGUUUUAGUUUUGUUAUAAAUAAACCCUGCAUCAAGUCUGUUACUAGUUGUGC